UCGAAGAAAACGUGUACUACUUCCGUGUUACGCCUGUGUUCACUUGUGAUUGGAAGCAAAGAGCAACGGACUUGAGGAAAUAUGUUCACCUUUUCACUUGGAGUUUGAGCGACUUUGUGGACGUUGUGGCUGUCCAUGUCCCCGGAAGUAAGACCCGGUUACUGACGCACACGGCAGCAGGAUAGCUAGCUAUCUUCGCGGCUAGCUCACCUGUGCUAGCAGCUACAGCAGGCAACUCUGUAGCAAACCAAAAUGGACUUUCUCUGUGAAAUAUUUCAGGCUUUGGUCGCAUUGGCUGUUUUAACUUUGAUUGUGGUAAUCAUCACAGCACACGUCACAGCAGGGAUGAUCAACCUGGCGCGCCACGACAAGGAGAAACUCUUCCUCAGCGCCACGGGAGCCAAAGAGCUUUUCCCCAGUCUGCACGACCCGCCCUCUGUAGAACUUUCCGUGGUUGUCCCGGCCUACAAUGAGGAGCUUCGGAUGCCCGUGAUGAUGGAGGAAGCAAUGGAAUAUUUGGAAAGCAGGCAGAGACGACAACCUGUGUUCACGUAUGAGGUCAUUGUGGUGGACGAUGGCAGCAAAGACAAAACCUCAGAGGUGGCGUUACAGUACACAAGGAAGUACGGCGCUGAUAAAGUCCGUGUUCUAACUCUGGUGAAGAACCGAGGAAAAGGCGGCGCUGUACGGAUGGGAACUCUGAGCUCCCGGGGGCGGCUCAUUCUGAUGGCGGAUGCGGACGGAGCUACAAAGUUCUCCGACAUUGAAAAAGUCGAGGCGGCUCUUAAGGACCUCAAUCCCAAACCGGACAACAUGGCCAUUUCCUGCGGUUCCAGAGCUCACCUGGAGCAAGAGGCCGUCGCCCAGCGCUCCCUGUUCCGCACCUUUCUGAUGUACGGCUUCCACUUCCUGGUGUGGUUCUUUUGCGUGCGCGGGAUCCGCGACACGCAGUGUGGCUUCAAGCUGUUCACGCGCGAAGCGGCACUCAGAACAUUCUACUCUCUGCACGUGGAGCGCUGGGCUUUUGAUGUGGAGCUCCUGUACAUUGCUCAGUGUUUGAAGAUCCCCAUCGCUGAGGUGGCGGUCAACUGGACCGAGAUAGAAGGCUCCAAGCUGGUUCCGUUUUGGAGCUGGCUCCAGAUGGGCCGGGACCUGAUCUUCAUCCGCCUUCGCUACCUGACGGGAGCCUGGAAGCUGCGCUCGCCGCUCAAGACUGACUAGCCAAUCAGACGAGCCUCCCGUCAACCGGGCAA